AUUACGUGGGUGAAAAAAAGUUGGGUCUGAUUUGCUGGAAUCGCGCAGGACCGAAGGUGCACCGGUCGAUUUCAUAUCAAGUUUGGUUAAAGCAGGGGUGAACAUCACACGCUCGGCGCCCUCUGAAGCUUCCCACAAUGCUUUUAUGAACGAGAUAUCACAGCACCGAGACGCGCAAAGAGCCAGUGUAGUAGAGGAGUACGCAGCUGUCCCGUUUGCACCGGCUCUACGAGUAGAAUCUGCAAGUGCUUACCGUGCAUGUCAACUUACUAAAGACAUCUCCUGCAUAAAAUCUCCCUUUUUUUUUUUUAUCUCUGCGGAGACGACAAUCUUUGGAUCGCACAAAUCCAUGGAUGUUCUUGGAUAAUCUCGUCUCGUUUUACGCGGAUAGCUGCUCCACAGUCUUGCAUGGUGCACAUCGGUCCAGGAAUGGCGCGAUAAAGUGAUCAGAGGAACCAGUCCAAGUACAUUCACUUUUUGUGUAACCGUCUCGUCAUGUAUUCUCCAAUUUGUCUUACUCAGGAUGAAUUUCAUCCCUUCAUCGAGGCACUUCUUCCUCACGUCCGUGCCAUUGCCUACACGUGGUUCAACCUCCAGGCCAGAAAACGCAAGUACUUCAAGAAGCACGAGAAGCGGAUGUCCAAGGACGAGGAGCGCGCGGUGAAGGACGAGCUUCUGAGCGAGAAGCCUGAGGUUAAGCAGAAAUGGGCAUCCAGGCUGCUGGCCAAGCUGCGUAAGGACAUUCGGCAGGAGUACCGGGAGGACUUUGUCCUCAGCGUGACGGGCAAGAAGCACCCGUGCUGUGUGCUAUCCAAUCCGGACCAGAAGGGCAAGAUCCGCCGGAUCGACUGUUUGAGGCAGGCCGACAAAGUUUGGCGUCUGGACCUGGUGAUGGUCAUCCUCUUCAAAGGCAUCCCUCUGGAAAGUACAGACGGGGAACGCCUCGUCAAGUCUCAACAUUGCACCAACCCAGCACUUUGUGUCCAGCCACACCACAUAACAGUAUCGGUCAAGGAGCUGGACUUGUUUCUAGCAUACUAUGUCCAGGACCAAGACUCGCAGCAGUCAGGAAGUCCCAGUAACAAUGAGCCAGGCAAGAACCCUCUUCCAGUGUACUUGGAAGACAGCUUCAUUAAAUCAGGAGUCUUCAGUGUUACAGAACUGGUGCGAGUGUCCAGAAUGCCCAUCACCCACGGUGCUGCGGUAAACUUCUCCAUGGCCGACAUGCCUAGCCAACCCUACUAUCAUGACCUGAACUCCAGCGUGGGGCUGCAUCGCUCCCUGUCCUCCCCUCCUGGCAGCAAAAGGCCCAAAACGGUCAACAUGGAGGAAAACAUGGACACCAGCCCGACAGGACCUGACUUCUACUCGUCACCCAGCUCGCCGGCCAGCAGUCGGGCAAACUGGCACGAUAGAGACGGAGCAGACAUGUCCUCUCCUACCAUGAAGAAGCCAGAGAAGCCGCUGUUCAGCCCUACCUCCCCACAGGACUCCUCACCACGACUCAGCACUUUCUCUCAGCCUCAUCACCCAGGCCUAACAGGUGUAGGACACAGUGUUAUAUCGACGAGGAGCCCCCCUCCACACUCGCCCCUGCAGUUCUCGGCCUCUGCUAUCUUGCCCCCAGCGCCGUCGCCCUACUUCUCGCACACCACCAUCCGCUACCCGCCCCACCUCAACCCAGCUGAUCCCCUCAAGAGCUACGUGCCGUCAUACGACCCGUCCAGCCCACAGAGCAGCCAGCCUAACAGCAGUGGCCAGGUGGUAGGAAAGGUCCCAGGCCACUUCACCCCAGUUCUGGCCCCCUCCCCACACCACGGCGCUGUGCGACCCGUCUCGCUCUCCAUGCCAGACACCAAGCCCAUCACCACAUCCACAGAAGGCUACUCAGCCCCUGGCACCCCGACGGCUAACCGCUUUGUAGGCCUGAGCCCAAGAGAUCCCGCCUUCCUCCACCAGCAACAGCUGAGGAAGUGUGACUGGAGCGUGACUCAAAACGGCAGGCAUUAUGGCCCCAGUGCCACUGACGACACUUUGGGGAUUACUUGGCAAAGUCCUGGUACCUGGGCGAGCUUAGUUCCAUUCCAAGUGUCGAACGGGACUCCGAUUCUGCCAACAAAUGUCCACCAGAACUACAGCAUAAACAUCAUUGGUGAGCCCCUGGUCCCCGCGGAGACAGGGAACUGAACACACAGAGGCCGGAUGACCCCAGGGUGGAUGCGUGGUUGGGGGUGUUGGUGGUACACAGCUUAACACUACAGGUGUCCACAGCCAUGAAUGAAACCAGCAAAGCAGCAUGAGCUGCACAAUCGUCCCCUAAUUCCCAGUCUCGCCCCUUCCAUAUCUCUCUCUCUCUCUCUCUCUCUCCCCCCCUCCCCCACAGCCUCCCCACUCCCGUCCUUCCCCACGAAGGACACUGGCCGUGAAGUGAAGACGAGGGUUUGUACGCAGGAAAGAAAAAAAGAAAACGCGUCAGGUCUGCUGUCUCCUCGCCCCGCCCACACAUCCACCAGCCACCAGCCAGUUGUUGUGUUUGCAGAACUUUUCAAUCCCAUUCAAAUACUGUGAUGUAUAGAUGCCUUAAUGUGUUAUUGCAUGACACUCUAGUCUCUUAGCGGCAAUUCCUACUAUUUUUCCAUGUUGGGGGAAGUUGUAAAAUCUUGAUUUACACACACACACACACACACACACACACACAAGUGAAGAGGUCUGCGUAUCGACAACCUCUGCCUGGUGGACUCUAAGCUCUCCAAUCAGACCUCUUGAAAAGAGGUUUUCAUAGGAACAAAAAAUUGUGAAUUCAGAGUGUUACUUCUUCAGUUUGAUUUCAGUUUACUGUGAUACGACUCUUUGUUCAGAAAAUGUGUUGACUGUGUUUAUUCUUUUCUGCUACUUACUACAAGAAUUAACGUACAUACUUAAAGUAAGAGUUGAGAACUCUUGAUGCGGUUUUCAAAAAACACUAAAUGUUUGGCUUGAAAUACGACCCCUCAUUUAAAAAAAAAAAAAUUGCAACUCCUUUACAAAAGGAUUUAAAAAAGACGGAGAAAUAGAAAAUCUUGAUACAGGCAAGUGCAAUUCUUUGAAGGGAAGCUAUCAGUCUGUCAGCCCUAAGACUCUAAAGGAAGGGGGAUAAAUAUUAAAUGGAUUUAUGGGUGAAAUGUUUAAGAAAAAAACAUUUGAAUUUGAUUUCAGUCACAUAUCCGUCUUCUCCCAUGAGAAAAAAAAUCAUCAAGCGUGAAAGGCAGUUGAAGGCAAGCACUAAGCUACCUGUGCAGCGCUGAGUAAAACCAGCACUUCUUUUGAGCCCUUCCCAUCAUUAUGGGGAGUUUUUUUUUAAUUUAUUUUGGGGGGGGGGGGGAAUAAUCGAACAUAAGUAAAGGAAUGAAACACACAUAGUGUGUAAAUAAAUGGCAUUUAAUUUUUUAUAAAUGUUCACGAUAAGAUCAAGACCAUAUGCAUUUGGCCAUCAGCUUCUAAAGCUUAUGUUUACAAAAAUUAUAUAUGGAAUGCAAAGUGUUAAUCCAUGGAAAUGUAUAAUUCAUGCAAAUAUACAGUCGGCUUAUGUGUAAAGCUACAGUGUGCAAGGUUAACUCCAUAGUGGAAGAGGUUGAAAACUGAAAUUAUGAAUCCAGGUGGUGGCAAAUCCCUGAAAUCUCGAAUUGUGCACGGCAUGUUCAUAGCCAUUGCCUCUCCAGUCCAGACAUAUUUAUACAAGGAAAAUCUCUCCAAUACUAUUAAUUUGCACGAUGACAUAUAGUCCACAUUACGUGCCUUGCCUUUGAAUAUAGAGACAUCACUACACUUGUUUUUGCUGCAUUUAUCAUUAUAGAAAAAAAAAAAUUAACAGAAUUGUUUUGUACUCUGAAUGAAAUUGUUGAUUUUUAACUUCAUGUACUACUCUAUCUCACAGUUACAUUGCAUAUCAAGGCUGUGUAUAGUUGCCGUUUUAAAGUUUGUAAUCAACCAGCAGUUUUUUUUUUUCUCUCAGUAUUUUUGGUGGUUUAUCUAAUAACCUGUCAUCUUUUGUUUUUCUUAUUUUUCAAUGCUCAUUUUGUUCAUCUUCCAAUUACUAUUGUGGAGGGUGGAAUUCAGAAUUAUGAAAAUUAUGCAAUACCAAGUUUUGCCUAUGUAGGUAGUGCUUAUAGAUGCGUCAAUUAUUAGAGGCUAGUUUGGAGAUAGACAAUAUUGUAAUGCAUUUAUUUUGUUGAUAUCGUUGUUUGUCGUUGUUGUUGUUGAUGAUGUUGUUGUUGUUGUGGGUGUUUUCCUUUUUUAUUGACCAAAGUGGGGACUGCUUUCUAUGCAGUGUAUGACAAGGUCUUUUUUUUUUUUCUUUAGCAUAUAGGCCUACCGAAUGAUGGUGUUCCAGUGUAUUUUGAAUUUGGGAGUUUUAGGGGGAGGGGCGGUAUUUUUCUAGAAGUACUUAUAAAAAAAAAAAAAAAUGCACCCUUGGUCCUUCUACGGCUGCAAAGUCACUGAUUGGUCUACUGUGACUCUUACUUUCAACUUUCCACCUGGGGUGCUAGCAUGUGUUCUCGAAGGAGCUCAUUUUUCACAGGAGAGACGGCUUGGCUUGAGUAUGACAAUCAUUUUAAGAAAUCAUUUUGCGUAGAAUCCCAUUGUCUCAUAGAUCCCUUAAAGCUGCAACUGACGGCGGAUACUGUUGCACGCUCCAAUCCAAUACUACGCCGUGCUAUUCUACGUCACCGAAUGCAAUUCCCAAGUAGAUGCCUUAAACACAUCAGUGAAGUGGCCUGUGACCUGCGCAACAAUCACACACCGACUAAUGCUAGUGAGACCUGUCCAAAUCAGUUCCAGACAGGCUCAAGCAAGCCUUUAGAAAGUAUUUUAUGAGUAGUAGAUUUGUAUAAAUGUAUAUACGAUAUGCACAUAUGUCAAUUCCUGAGAAACCUCCCCAGCGGAGAGCCCAGUAGAGUAUGUCAAAGCAAAUAUUGGAACCACAGAAGCUUGGUGUUUUCCAGUGGCCCAGUAGAAGCAUAAAUAGAAUCCACUAGAAGAAAAAUGUAGCACUUAACUAGCACAUAGGCAAUCGCCUGCUCCCCCGUACAGUGUUUUGAACCUAGUCUUAAACUAAAUCUCUCAGGCGUAUUACAGGGCAUUAUUUAUAUCAAUCAUUAUCUUACCAUAUAAAAAACUAAAGUACUUUUCUCACCAGAGAGAGCAGCGCCUCCGAUGCUGCUAUGACACCUUUUGCACUCUUUCCCUACAAUCGUGAAAGAAGAAAUGUUCCCCUCGGAGAGACGGUACCACUGGUAGAUCUCCACCAGUAGUAAGCAGAGGGCUAACAAGCAGAAAACGUUUUUAAAAUAAUCCUCAAGUCAAGCUCAAUCUCUCCGUCUUCACCCAGAUUUCUUAUGCAGGAAAAAAUUUAAAAAGUCACCCCGUUUUAUGUGCACUGUUCUGUCUUUUGUUGUUGUUUUAUUCUCUUUUUUUUUUUUUUAAAGAUAAACUAUAAGUGCUUUGCAGCCUUUGGCCAUUGGAGACCCCACUGACGUGCAUUGUCCCCAGGUGUGUGUUUGUGAGUGGGUGUGUGUUAGCCUGUGUGUGUGAUAAAAAUGUGUCAGGGUCACUGUGCUGUUGGUGUUUAUUUGAAUAGGAGACUGUACAUAAAGGUAAAUAUCCUGAUUGCGUCGAUAGCAGUAGCCCGUGGGGUUGAACUCUGCUUUGGCAGCUUGAGUGUUCGUGUGCAUGUGCGCGCGCGUGUGUGUGACUUUGUGAGCUGGAUGUGUGAUAGAGUGCCUCUGACACUACACAACGAGAGAAGAUGAGGGUCUUUCUAUUGAAAAAAAAAGGAAAAAAAAGCCUGCCGUAGGACAGGAGUUUGUACACUGUAAACUUUCUCAAGAGUUCUCCUCUUAAGCCCUUAUUUGUAAAUCUUCAAUUCUGGGGAAAAAUAAGUCAGUUCCAUUUUAGGAAAAAAAAAAUAGCAAAUUGAAUUCGGGUUUUUGUUUUGGAGGCUGGAUUUGAGUUACAACUCACACACAGGUUUUCCCGAUAAGUAGAAUCUAAAGUGUUUUCAUCCGUUGUAUUCCUGUAUGUAAAGUAAAAAAAGGGGGGGAAAUAUUCUAUACAAAUCCAUAAAUAUAAAUAAACAACAACAAUGAAGGUUUUUUUUAAUUAUUAUUAAUAUUAUUAUUUCUGAUCUUGGUUAGUGCUUAGAUAUUUCCAUUUGGGAAACACUUCAUGAAUAUUUGAAUUGUUGUUUUUUCAUUAGUGUGGCCAUAGCGAGUGUGAUGUGAUUUAUCUCAAUUUUUCUUUUUGCAAAUGGGUGUGAAUUCUUGUCCAACAAGAUCUUGGUGUGAGUGUGUUUCUUGUGUAGCAGCUGGGAGGUGACGUCACUUAACCAGUAGAAAAGGCCCCAGAUUGCACCUGACCUUAAGCGAGAAGCAGGAUAAAAUCUGCAGUAAAAAAAACGUCCUCGAUGAAUCUUUCAGAUAGUUUCGUUUUUUGUUUUGUUUUUUUCAGAGGACAUGUUGCAAGACGACAUAGAUCAGAUCCGACCGGCCAACGUUGAGCCGUCUAAUUUGUUUGUGUGCAGACGACGCUCUUAAAUAUCUCUUUAACGAUCGGUAACAACAUCUAGGCAUCACUCAUUUUGCACAUUCCACAUGCUGUCUAUGCCUGAUGUGAUGUAGGAAAAACGCUUCAUUCACGCCACAAACAAACAUUAACUGCAGGUGCUUCAGAAUAGGGUACUGUACCUUCCGUGCUCAUAAUAGUUAAGUGUAUUUAGGUAUGGUUACAUAUUACUAUUGCUACGCAGGGUGUGAAUGUAGCCUGUCAGAAAGCUCUUGAAACUUUAUGUUCCACCCAUCAGAAAGAGCCGUAUUUAAGGAAGAUGUUGACACUUACAACAACCUUAUUUUAGGAAGUAUUUUGGCAUUGAUCGCUGCGAUCAUCGAGAAACAGGACAACUUUAUGCAAGGAGGACCUCUGGCACUCAUGCAAUAUGUGUGAUUUUCCUUUAAACUGAAUGUCACGCACUCUUGUAGGGACUGAGAGGGCGUAUACGUGCAGAUUAAAACUUCAUUUUCAUCUUACAUGAGCAAUACACACCUUCCAUACGUUGGCUAGCUGCUAGUCACUUGGCAUCAGGUCUCUAUAAAACAUGAAAACCAGCAUUUUUACAGGAUGUAACAUUCACCAAAAGAAGACAAAAAGAUAGCAAUGCAGUGCCUGUUCAAGCUGUCCAAGUGUCUAUUGUAUAUAAUUGUAAAAUGUGAUAGACUUACUUUCAUAUGUGACAAGAAAAAACACCAUCACACAGAACAGAAUGUGGCAAACUCAUCUAGAAAUAUGCUCUUUAUUACUUCUUUUGAUGUUUUCGCUUUGUUUUUUGUUUUUGCAAUUUAUUAAUUAUGUCAGCACACAAUGCCCACAUCGAGCUUGUUCAAAAAAAAAGUUUUGCCAGGAGGGGUGGGGGGUGGGGGGGCAGUGAACAGCUAAAAUAAUGUCUUUUCUUAAGAGUACUCACCAGUUUUUCUCUGCAGGGCUGAUUUAUUUUUGGGUCUUGUGGCACUUUUACUUCCCUCUGCACGCACAUUUCUACUUCAUGAAUCAUGGUGGAAUUAUAUAUAAUGAACAACAACAACAACACCAACAAAACAAUAUGUAAACAGUCUCCAGUAGUGAUCGUAGUUACACUGCAAGUGUGUGCAAAGGUCUAUGUAUGUAUCUGAAUGUACGUUUUAGAGGACUUUUUGGAAAUCUUUUUUGUUUUUUUAUCUUUUCAUUGACAGUUUAGGAGCCACAGGUGUCCAUUGUGAACUGUAUAGCGAAGGCCUUGAUAUCCCUUCUUUUAUUGAUUUUAGAAAUGCCGAGCAUUAGGCGAUGCCUUCCAGCUGGUUACAUUUGGUGCAGGGGCUAAAAUUGCCACAAGAUUAAAAUCAGUGUAAAUAAAGGCUCAACUUUUUGUGAUUGUUACUGUUAUAUCCAGCCUAUACUGCUAGCAGCUGUUUUUACUGCAGUCAAUUACUGGAAGUGGAUAUAUUUCCUAUGCAAAACUGUUUAAACAAUAAAAUGAGCUAUGCUACAAAAAGGA